AUGUCAAACUUCACGGGUUUCAAUAAUAAUCCCACUGUAGCACAGUUUGAAGCUGCAUACAAAUCCAUUAUAAUCAAUGCUGAAGUUAAAUGUCCAUCGACUGCCAACGCUUUAGCAUUAGACGACACAAGUAUUCUAAGAAUAUCAAGCGCUCCACCAAAAAAAGAAGAUGAGCAAUCUGAAAUGCUAGAUUUGUUAUGUGCUGCAGGAACUGAAAUAAUUGAAACAGAAGAUAUAUUAGACAUUUAUGAGCACAGAAAUUACCUUAAUGAUGUUGUAACAUACAUAGCAGGAUUUGUUGUUUACAAAAUAAAGAAGAAAAUUCUAUGUACAGUUUGUGAAAAAUCUUUGGGAACAAAAGAAUCGGGACCUGCUCUAAUUGGACGUAAAAAUAGAGGUGGUUUAAUUAUACCGAAUCCAGAUAUCAUUGAAAUUUGUAAAAUAGCUGAACGUGUAAUUCGUGGAUACCAAAGAAUUGAUGGGUCAAACGUUGUAAAGAGGAUUACAAUUGAAUGUAUGAGAAAGAUUAAUAUUAAUAAAUAUUUUAUCUCAUUAUCAAAUCAUUUUCUCGAACAAGAACCCUUCAAUAAUCAUCUCCUACAGCUGUUAAAACUAAUUAUGCACAUUUAUAUUACACUAAGACUUCAUCAUAUUAAUUCAUCAACAAAUUCAAUAGAUCAAAAAAUUAGAACAUUCUACACAAAAUUAAUACUU